UGUGUUUUAAAAUGGCGGACGCUGAAAAUCAGAAGAGGUCAAGGAACUUCAAGAAGAAGUUCAAAGGGAAGGGUGAUGAUGCUAAACGGAAAUUUAAGCCAAAAAAGUUUUCCAAGGAUUUUAGGGGAGAGAAUUCUCCUGGACAAAAACGGAAAGCUAACGACACAAAUGCAGAUGGUUACAGAAAGAAGUGGAAGGGUGAAAUAGGAAGUCAAGAUGGUAAAAAAGGAUAUAGACGAUAUGAAAACAAUGAUAAAAGUUUUUCAGUUAAUGGCAAAGGAUCACGGAACAGUUAUGUGAAAGGAAACUUUGUUGGUGAUAAAGCCAUGAAACGAAAGUUUAGUGAUGGUAAGGGAUCUGACUUCGGGAAAAAGAAAAAUUUUUCCAGUUCUUGGGAAAAUAAGAAUGAAUCUGAUGAGAAGCCCAAUAUCUGGCAAAUGAAGAAAAAAGAAAGAAAAGACUUUCGCCGCCAACAAGAUGAAAACUAUGAUCUGGUUCAUGGUCUUAAAAAACUCUAUGAGACUAUUAGAAGAAAGAAGUGCUCUAAGGCAGAGAAGGCAGAAUUGGUUGAGAAGAUACUGAGUCUAAUUGCUGGUCAUACUCAUGAUGUAAUUUUCAAACAUGAUACAGGGCGUGUGAUUCAGGCUUGUGUUAAGUUUGGUACUGUAGAGCAAAGACAGAAGUUGUUUGAGCAAUUUAAAGGUGAUUUUGGAGAACUUAUCAAGUCAAAAUAUUCCAAGUUCUUCAUCAAAAAAUUGUUAAUUUAUGGAACAAAGAAACAGCGGGAUGUUAUUAUCAAGUGCUUUUAUGGGCAAGUUCGCAAACUUAUCAGACACAAGGAGGCAUCAUCUAUUCUAGAAACUAUAUACAGUGAUUAUGCAAACUCUGCCCAAAAAGCCCAUCUUAUACAGGAAUUCUAUGGAGCUGACUUUGCUUUUUUCAAGUCAUCAGAGCUAAAUUCUUUGGAAAAAGUUUUGCAAUCAGAUCCAGCAAGGAAAACUGGAAUCCUCAAAUACAUGAAAGAUGCCUUGCUGCCUCUUAUAGACAGAUCUGUCAUUGGUCAUAGUAUAAUUCACAGAGUCCUUCUUGAAUACCUCACAUAUGCUGAUGAAAAUGCAAGAUCAGAAAUGAUAGAGCUAAUCAAAGAUUCUGUUGUUCUCAUUCUUCAUACUCAUGAUGGAGCCAGAGUUGGUAUGCAUUGUUUGUGGUAUGGGACUGUAAAGGAUCGUAAAGUACUUGUCAAGUCCUUCAAAAGUUAUUAUGUAAAGAUCUGCAAAGAAGAAUUUGGACAUCUUGUACUGUUAGCAUUAUUUGACUGUGUUGAUGACACAGUGCUUGUCAAAAAGAUUAUGUUCUCGGAAAUUCAACCAUCUCUUCAGGAGUUAGCUGUGGACACUUAUGGUAGGAAAGUGUUAAUGUAUCUGGUGUGUCCACGGAGCCCCAGCCAUUUCCAUCCCACCACUGUGGAGUUGCUUAAGAAAGGGGAUGGAAACUCCACCAGCAAAAAAGAUUCACAUCAGAGGCAAAAUGAACUCUUGGAAGGAAUUUCACCGGCACUGUUAGAGCUGAUAGAGAAAAUUGCAGAAGAGUUGUUAUUUGAUAAAGGAGGUUGCCAACUUGUUCUGGCUGCUCUUCUUCAAUGUGCUGGAGAUGUGGAGCGUGCUAUGAUGGCUAUUGUGAACUUAGCUAACAGAGAUCUUGAUCCUUCAACUGAAGACGAAGAUCAUGUUGUGAAGAGUGCUGCUGGUCAUUUCGCGUUGAAGAGGCUUAUUAACCAGGACAAGGGAAGACUACAGUCUGAAAACAAAGAUGAAGUGUUGUUCAGUAAACUGCUGCUUGAUAACACUGAUCCCCGGAUGUUGCUCGACUGGUGUAAGGUGAAUAGAGGGGCUUUUGUGGUCGCAAGUUUACUUGAGAGUUCCGUCCCUGGAGUUUCAGAUACAGUCAAGUCACAUCUACAACCUCGGGUUUCAAAACUGAAGAAACACGAUUCCAAAGGCGUACAAAUCGUGUUAAAACUUCUUGCUAAUUGACAUCGAAGACGGAUUUGAUCGUGUUUCAUCCCCACCCUUCCCUCCCCGUCCGCUCUUACUCUAUCUCAGGGGGAAAACUGAGUGGGAUGUACAAAAGUGCAUGUAGAUACGAUUCAGCUAAUACAACUGAUUUCUCAAAGUGUAGAUCUCAAUGUCGUAAGGUUACGACGAGUUUUAAAAGUUCAUGCUCAAAGGUAACCAUCAAACUUUAUCCCAGUUGUUAGAUGAACUUCUCUGAAGGUCACAUGAUCCUGUUUAAAUAAAAUUUUAUAACACU